UGUCCUUAUCGCCAACAAUGUUUAUUUUAUUCACGGUAGUAACACAUUGAUAGUGACGUCGCGAGACAACGCCCCCUGGUGGGAGUGUCAAGGCAGGUGCCCGUCAGAACGCCACUAGACAGCGAUGGACACGCCAGGACUAGAACACUGGGGAGAUAUCACAAUCCUUGUCGGAUACUUCUUGGUUGUACUGGCAGUGGGCUUGUGGUCACUAUGCCGACCAGACCGAGGCAGCGUCAAGAGCUACUUUCUCGCCGGAAGAAGUAUGACCUGGUUUCCGGUCGGGGCAUCUCUCUUCUCCAGCAACAUCGGCAGCGAACACUUCGUCGGCCUAGCUGGGACGGGGGCGGCAGCUGGAAUUGCCAUGGUAUCGUACGAGUGGAUGUCUAUGCCGCUGGUUCUGUGUCUAGGAUGGUUGUUCCUGCCAGUCUACAUAUCAGCCGGGGUGUACACCCUCCCUGAGUAUAUGGCGAAGAGGUUUGGGGGUCAGCGACUGCGGCUCUAUCUCAGCGUCCUGUCACUCGUGCUGUACAUCGUCACCAAGCUUGCGGUCAGCAUCUACGCAGGAGGUCUGUUCAUCAAGCUUGCUCUAGGAUGGAACAUGUACAUCUCUAUAGUGGGGCUGCUUGUCAUCACGGGCAUAUACACUAUACUAGGUGGCCUGGCAGCUGUUAUCUACACAGACACGUUCCAGACGGUCGUCAUGACAAUUGGCGCCAUCAUCCUGGCGGUUCUAGGUUUUGUGAAGAUAGGCGGAUUCGACAACCUCGAGCACCUGUAUAUGAAUGCUGUUCCAAGCGUGAGGGGUAACAACACGACUUGCGGCAACCCCCGGGACGACGCGUUCCAUAUCCUACGUGACCCCCUCUACUCCGACAACCCCUGGCCCGGAUUGUUGCUCCAGUCGUCGCUCGGCUGCCUCUGGUACUGGUGCUGUGACCAGGUCAUCGUACAGAGAUCCUUGGCGGCCAAAGAUCUGUCUCACGCCAAAGGGGCGUCCAUCCUGUCUGGCUACCUCAAGCUGCUCCCCCUACUUCUCAUGAUCUACCCAGGGAUGAUCAGUCGCGCUCUCUACCCAGAUUCUGUGGGCUGUGUGGACCCAAAGGAGUGUGAGCGGUAUUGUGAGAACCCCGUGGGCUGCUCCAACAUCGCCUACCCCAAGCUGGUGCUGGAGAUCAUGCCGAUUGGUCUGCGAGGUCUGAUGAUGGCUGUGAUGCUGUCGGCCAUCAUGAGUUCCCUGACCUCCAUCUUCAACAGCGCCAGCACACUCUUCACCAUGGACCUCUGGCGGCGCAUGCGCCCUAGAGCCCGACAGAGGGAGCUGCUCAUUGUUGGAAGGGUGUCGGUGGUAUUUCUGUGUGCGGUCAGUAUUCUGUGGAUCCCAUUGGUCAAGUCCUCAGCGGGGGGACAACUCUUCACAUACAUCCAGGCAGUACAGGGUUAUCUGGGAACGCCGAUAGGGGCGCUGUUCCUGUGGGCCAUUUUGUGGAAAAGAAUGAACGAAAACGGUGCGUUUUGGGGGAUUCUACUCGGACACACCUGCGGCGUCGUGAGGAUGGUGAUAGACUUCUCCUUCCCCGCCCCCGACUGCGGGGAGCCCGAGACCCGCCCCGCCAUCCUGUACAAAGUCCACUACUCCUACUUCGGCUCCCUCAGCCUCGUCAUCACCUCCCUUGCCAUCGUCGUCUUUAGCCUCAUCUCAGAGAAACCGUCCAAGAAACAGUUGCGAGGAGUGACGUGGUGGACACGGAUAGACAAGGUCCGGGACGACGACGACUUCGAGGCGAAACCCAGCACAUCCGCUAAUGGCCGUCAACACUUCGAGAUGGCCAACGACGAUUCUGAGGAAGAGGGGGAGGAUGAAGACACCUCUACUUGUCAACGAUGUGUCGACUGUGUGUGUGGGAUACCCAAAACUCACGGGAAGUCUCGCGAGACUCCUGAGAUUUCCGAAGAUCAGAGAAUUGACUUUCUCAAUCAGAGUUCUAUGUGGAAAACAGUCCUCAAUGUUAACGCAGCGAUUGCCUUCGUCAUUUUGGCGUUUCUUUUUGGCUUUUUUCAUUAACACAUCCUUCACCAACAAUAGCCAAACACUUUUGAUAGAGACUAUGUUGAGAA